GUUACUUCUUCCUCUCUCUUCCGACAAAAAACCCAGAAACAGUCUCUCUCUCUCUCUCUCUCUCUCUCGCCGGCUCCGUUUACUAGAUCACCAUUCAAGCACCGAAAUCUCAAGUGAUAUCAGACCACAUGGCCUCAUUCGAUGGGCAAGGGUUUAUGAUGGUUGAUAAUUCUUGGAUCCAGACCAAAGCCAUUGAUGUUGGAUCAACAACCGAUAUCUCUCCUUACCUUUCCAAGAUCCUAGAAGAUUCCGUCUGGAAUGGAAACCGGUCCAUUGUCUUCGAUGUGUAUUGGGAUGUCGAAUCUGUUAACUCAAAGUCCGAAUGGCGUCUAUGCUCAGUAAAGUUUAGCACGAAAAACUUCUGUCUCUUCCUCCGCCUCCCAAACCCGUUCAGUGAUAAUCUCAAGGAUCUUUACCGCUUCUUUGCUUCCAAAUUUGUCACAUUUGUCGGGGUUCAGAUCCAAGAAGACCUCGCUUUGCUUAAAGAAAACCACGGUAUUGUGAUCCGAAGCUCUUUGGAGAUUGGGAAGUUAGCUGCGGUUGCCCGAGGAACUCCAAUUGUUGAAUUCCUUGGAACCAGAGAAUUAGCUCACAAGAUUCUUUGGUAUGACAUGAGUCGGCUUGAUUCUAUUCAGUCCAAGUGGGAUGAAGCAAGCUCUAAUGAUCGUCUUGAAGCUGCAGCCAUUGAAGGUUGGCUUAUUUUCAAUGUCUACGAUCAAUUGCAGCAGUGAUUUUUCGGAGCAACAUGUAACUUAUGUUAAUUUUCUUGAUCAAAUGGAUUUGUGAGAUUGCGUUUGAUUGCUUCCAGUUGUGCAUUUUGAUGAGUGAACAAUACUGUCUCAAUAAAACCAUGCCCGGCUU